UGCACGCUUGCAGUUACACCCUUUUGUCGCAUUUGACGACAUCAAAACGCGCUGCUGUCCAGCUAAUACGAAAACAACGAGCAGAGCUAUGGACGACGAUGGACUGAAUCUAGUGAAGGUGCACGGGGGUGGAGGGUACGACUCCGACUUCAGCGAUGAUGAGAGCCCCGGAGGAGAGUCUCACCAUAAAGGGAAGAGGAAAGAUGAUCUGCUGCAAAAGCCCUUCCAGAAAGGAAGGCAUUCUCAGGUGGCCCACAAGAAUGUUGCUGCGCAGGAGUGGGACAGGGAAGAAGCCAGAAACAGACGCCAUCACUUGAUUUCAAUGAAUGCUUUUGACAGACAUAAGAAGUUUGUCAGUGACUACAUAAUGUAUUACGGUGGGAAAAAGGAGGAUUUCAGACGUUCAGCCACCAAGGAUAAGACCGACUUUGACGUUGUGAAAGAAAACCACCGGUUCCUUUGGCGAGAUGAGGACGAGGAGGAUAUGACAUGGGAGAAAGAACUUGCGAAAAAGUACUAUGAUAAGCUCUUUAAGGAAUACUGCAUAGCUGACCUAAGCAGAUACAAGAGGAAUAAGUUUGGGUUCAGAUGGCGAGUUGAAAAUGAAGUUGUUUCCGGAAAAGGCCAGUUCUCCUGCGGGCAGAAACGCUGCGAGAAGCUGGAAGGUCUGAAGAGCUGGGAGGUGAACUUCGCCUAUGUGGAGCAGGGGGAGGAGAGGAACGCCCUGGUGAAGCUGAGACUUUGCCCCGAGUGCUCCUACAAACUCAACUAUCACCACAAGAAGAAGGAAGUUAAAGCCAAGAAGCGGCGUCGGUCAGAUGAGAACGAGGACGAGCCGCAGUCAGCGGGAGAAAAGGAGAGCGGUCACAAGAAGCACAAACGCAGGAGGAAAGAACACUCCUCUCCCAGAGGUUCAGAUGACUCCGGGGAGUCUGACAGAGGUCACGAUGAGUCGGGCAAGGAUGCGGAGGGACCCUCGGAAGCGGACCACUGGAAGGGCCCCGCCCCCAGCGUGGAGGAGAAAUCCAGGGAGGAAGAGUUUGACGAAUACUUCGAGGACAUGUUCUUGUGACCGGUGUGUGACGGACCUGGAACCACGGCGAUAUGUCUCUAACAGCUUUGUAAAUAUUAAAUGUGAUGUCCCUCCCUGUCUUUUUGCAGUCAGAAUGUAUUUAUUUUACUCCUGAGACAGAACAGCCACAUUAAGCCGUAGAGAUGGUCAUUAUUUAAACUUUAAAAUUGUCAAAUUUACCCAAGAUAAAUAGUACACCAGGUCAAA